UGUGGCAUAGAGGAGGUUGAAGGAAAUUAUUUAAAGGUAGAAGAAGGUAGGGGUGGUAUAAAAAAUCAGAGUUUAGAAAGAGAUACUCCACUUAGCUUCUUACUGGAGAAGUAACUAGCAGCUGAUCACAACACCUGCACCUGAACCUGAAGGAAUCUUACAGAUGAUGGCAGCCUACUAUCCCAACAAUCUCACCACUGACCACAUUCAACAGUACUUGGAUGAGAAUAAAUCUUUGAUUCUGAAGAUUGUGGAGAGUCAAAACUCCGGUAAACACGCAGAGACGGCUGAAAACGAAGCGAGACUUCAAAGAAACCUAAUGUAUCUGGCUGCAAUUGCCGAUUCACAACCACAACUUCCCAUGAUGCAUUCCCAGGCAGUACGCUAUGGAGGCUGGGAGUGGGAUGGCGCAGCAGUCUGGAGCGCACUACCUGCAGCAGGCACAGCAAGCACAGCAAAUGGCGUCACAAUCCCUCAUGGCAGCGCGCUAUUCUAUGAUGUACGGGCAGCAGCAACAGGCGGCAUUGUAUGGGCAGCUCGGGAUGAGUUCUGGAAGUGGGUUCCAGAUACUGCAGAGCGAGGCAGCUGCACCUGUGCACGGCGGAAGUGGCAGCGGGAGUUUUGGUGAUUUCGGAUUGGGCAGUGGAUUUAAGCAGCAGGAGAUGCACGGUGGUUGCGAGGGCGGGGAGAGGAGCUAGGGAGCUCUAGUGAGUGGUGGUGGUGGUGGACGGUGGUGAAACUACUUGAGAGUAUUAAUUAUAUUAAUGAUGGAUGUAGUUUAUGUAAUCUCAUGCAUGUUUUUGACUUUUUUGGAUGCAAAUCUGAAAUGCAUGUGGAGAUGAUCAGCUAGCUUAGCUUGAUGCAGCUGGUAGAGAGUAGUUAAAUUUUAUAUGUACAUGUUUAGGUCAUUGUAGCUAGAUUCUAAUACAGUACUACUUCUGUGUUUCUUCCUU